CACCACACCCCUGAGUAAAACGAAACUCCUGAAGGUCAGUGAGCAGUCAGUGCCACACAACACAUCUAGACAGAAGGAUGGCUUCCAGGUCUCAGUCCAGACCAAGACUUGGAGACCUGAUUGAGAUUCGUCGCUUUGGCUACGCUCACUGGGCUGUCUAUGUGGGAGACGGCUAUGUGGUUCAUCUGGCUCCUCCAAGUGAAUUUGCGGGAGCUGGUUCGUCCAGCAUCAUGUCUGCCCUGACCGACAGAGCCAUAGUGAAGAAAGAGCUGCUGUCCCAAGUGGCCGGAUCAGACAACUACCAGGUCAAUAACAAAUACGAUGAUAGGUAUUCACCACUGCCUACCAACAAAAUUGUCAAUCAGGCCCUGCAGCUGGUGGGGAAGGAGCUGCGCUAUUCAGCAACCAGCAUGAACUGUGAACAUUUUGUGACUACGCUGCGCUACGGAGUUCCAUGCAGUGACCAGGUUGCUGAAGUGACCACAAACCUAACUGUGGGAGCAGGUCUCCUGGCUGGUCUAGGAUUAAUUGGGAUCAUGCUGUCCCGAAGAAGGCGGGAAAGGCAAUAAACCCAAGGCAUUAUCUUGAUGGCAUCAGCUCAUAUGGGGGAAUCUUGCUCAGGCAGCAGCGAUAGGAGGGUUUGCUUUAUUGAUUCCAGUCUCUUUUGUGAUCACUGAUACUUAUUUUAGUGGAGCUAAGUAAAACAGAGAAAAAUUUUAUUUACAAGACUAAUUGAUUGGAUAUGAAUUCUUUUUUUGCUUUUGUUGGUGUAUGUUCAAAUCUGCUUCCUUAUUG